AUGAGAGGACCUAUAGUCCCUAAGUUUGAGACUGAAGACCCUGUUGUGUUGAGUUCAAUACAACCAAGCGAUGGCAAUACAUCACAAGAGGAUUGGGACUCAGAAAUCCAACUCGUCUCCUCACUAGCAAAGCUACAACAACUGGAACGCAAGAUCCAUGAGCUUCGCCAACUCUUGCCUGAUGGGCUUCUGGCGCCCCUGAUGCCGCCAUCAAGUGCCAAUCAAUUACCACCAGGGUAUUUAGAUUCUCCGGCAUCGUUGCGUGACAGUCUUAAUCAAGCUGCACGCUCUGGAAUUGCGAGUGUUCGCGAGUUCCAGUCCAAAUGGCGUGAUCCGGAGCUCAAGCCCGUCUGGACUUACGCUGAGUCACGCUUGCAAGAAGCUGGGCAACCAUUGCAGCCAACGGGUGUCUGGGACAAUGACUAUGAUGUCCUUCUUGCAGAGCUAGUCAAUUCACAGAAGGCGAAAGAAGAUGAACAGCAACGAGAGGAAGAGAAUACUGAACGGGCGAAAUCUUCCGCGGGAGAUUGGCAGUCUGUUGUUGAGAAUUUCACUCAGCGGGCUAUUCCCGGUGUUCGUGUCAUCAAGGGAACGAACUCUUUAGUCGUCGCACUUUCAAAAGCAGGGCUGAUAUUCCUGGUUGAUGCUGAUGCCGAGGGUUCUGAUUGGAAGGUUUCGAGUAAAGCAGCACUUGGUCGCUCCUCAAAGCUCGAACAGGCUAUUCUAGAUUGCCUGAAUGCGCGAUCGAGGAAAUGGGAUCUCGAUUUCUUACUGGACAUGAUUUCUUCAUAUACCGAUAUUAAACAGACGCCUUGUGUGAAAUGUGCUCAUCUCACCAACAAGGCCGCGCAAUUACCAACUAUUCGGCGUGUUCAAUCUCAGUCUAUGCAGGCUGCCCAGGGAGAGUCCCGUACUUUCUCUUUCGAUGCGUUACAUUCCACCUGCAUCUGA